UACACACUGAAUAUUUAAGAGAACCUUCUGGAGACAGACCCCAUCACAAAUAUCCCACCUCAACCUCCAAUCCCAACCGUUCAUACUCAACCCCCCUCCCUCCCUUUUCUGAUUUAAUUUCUUUAUUGCAAUAACAACAACAACAGCAACAAAAUAUACAUAUUCUUUUCUCAAUUAUUUUAAAAUCAAUUUCCAUCCUUUCACUAUAAGAAGGCAAGCCCAACGUGUAGCUUAAUUUAAACCUGUUUCUGGAGACUUCUGACCAGAGAGUGAGCUGAUCUCUAUCUCAACCCAACCCCCCCAAAAAAAAAAGGAAUGAUAAGGUUUCGUCUUGCAGCAAUCUUUUAGCAUUUAUUCAUUUCCCAAAGAAAAAGAAUUGGCCUUGCGUUUCUUGAGAAGGGUUUGGUGUCACUACAAUCACACAGUCAGUUACAAACAAAAAAAGCCGACAAGAUUGAAUCUUUGAGCUUAUACAUAUAUAUCUAUAUAUCGAGAGUGAGGAAUGGCAGAUAGAAGCAAUGAUUUUUACGCCGUUUUGGGGUUGAAGAAAGAUUGCACAGCUGCAGAGCUCAAGAAUGCCUACAAGAGGCUUGUAAUGGAAUGGCACCCUGAUCGUUUCUCUGCUUCUGGGAAUCCAAACUACGUCCAAGAGGCAACCCGGAAAUUCCAAGCUAUUCAGCAAGCCUAUUCUGUGCUUUCGGAUGCCAACAAAAGAUUUUUGUACGAUGUAGGAGUCUACGACAGCAACGACGAUGCCGAUGAAAAUGGGAUGGGUGAAUUCUUGAAUGAGAUGGCAACAAUGAUGAGCCAAGCUAAAUCCAAUGAAAACAGAAAUGAGACAUUUGAAGAAUUGCAGGAGCUUUUCGAUGAGAUGUUCAGGGGCGACGUUGAGGCCUUUGAGUCGUCUAUGUGCUCAACGUCGACUUCUUACAACAACGGAGACGACAACAACAACAACAACAAAAGAAACUCCUCGGAGAUGACUUUUGCAGGCGAUGCCGCCGGAUCCCAUUUCGAAGGAUUCUGUAUGGGGACAGGGGAGAGCAGUAGCAGUAGCAGUAGUAGCCGGAGAAAGAAUAGUCGAAGAAGCCACUCGCAUUCCCGGAGAUAAUUAAGUGAAAGUGAUGAUGAUGAUCAAUGGAAAUAAUUUCGAGAUUUUGUUAUGUUUGUGAUCCUUUUAUAUCAAUUGUUGUGUUCCUUCAUUUCCAUUGAAGGAAGAGAGGAUUUUAUGGGAUGAUCGAACAGAAUAGAACAACCUGUGCCUCACAAAAAAGUUCCUAUUUUUCAGCUGUCUGAUUUUGUGGAAAAAUCUAUAAAAGCAUCCAUACGUGAAAAGCCA